GAGGGGAAAACACAACAAAAAGGCAAGCCAAGAGUGAGCUGUCGGAUGGAUUUAUUUACUUUUCAUCAGUUUCGACUCUGGAAAAUUGAGAGUAAUGCCUAUUUGUCAACAUCUGACCAAGAAAAGCCAUCUUAAAACUAGCAGGUGGCCGAACCAAGAUGGCUGUCAACACGCUACGUGCCCAGGACGUCUCUACAAAGAGGCCAAUUUGAAUCGUUGGAGACCACUUUGGAGACUUACAUCCCAAAAGAUGAGCUGAAAGAGGUUAAACGCAUCUUAUUUGGCAAGGAGACCAAGAUGUUGGAGCUCCCCUCGGACGCCCUGGAGGCUGCACGGCAAGGUGACUUUGAGCUGAAAGGCUAUAGCUUUGAGGCAACUGAAGAACAGCUGAGGCUGCCCAGAAGGAUUCGAGUGGGACUGAUUCAACAGCACAUUGUCCUACCCACAGAUGCGCCCAUCCUGGACCAGGUCAAUGCUAUGCACAACCGGAUCGGGCAAAUAGUGGAAGUAGCGGCCAAGUGCGGUGUGAACAUUGUCUGCUUUCAGGAAACGUGGACCAUGCCGUUUGCUUUCUGCACCCGUGAGAAAGAACCAUGGACGGAAUUUGCAGAAUCUGCCGAGAAUGGAAAUACCACACGUUUCUGCCAGAAGCUGGCCAAAAAAUACAACAUGGUAAUCGUUUCUCCAAUUUUGGAGCGGGACGAGAUGCACAACACUCUGUGGAACACGGCGGUGGUGAUAUCCAACUCUGGAAAUGUGCUGGGGAAGAGCAGGAAGAAUCAUAUCCCGAGAAUUGGAGACUUUAACGAGUCGACAUAUUAUAUGGAAGGUGACACUGGCCACACAGUGUUCCAGACACAAUUUGGGAAGAUAGCCAUUAAUAUCUGCUACGGGCGCCAUCACCCCCUCAACUGGUUCAUGUACAGUAUGAAUGGAGCUGAGAUCAUCUUUAACCCUUCUGCUACCGUUGGUGCCCUAAGCGAACCCAUGUGGCCUAUUGAGGCCAGGAAUGCAGCCGUAGCAAACCACUGUUUUACCUGUGCAAUUAAUCGAGUUGGGACAGAGCAUUUCAAAAGUGAAUUUACAUCUGGUGACGGACAAAAAGCUCGCCAUGACUUUGGCCACUUCUAUGGAUCGAGUUAUGUGGCCGCCCCUGAUGGAAGCCGCACCCCGGGGCUUUCUCGAACUCGUGAUGGACUAUUGGUAGUUGAAAUGGACCUCAAUCUGAACCGUCAAAUUAGUGACAAAUGGAGUUUCAAGAUGACUGGGCGUUACCCUGAGUAUGCUGAGGCUCUUACCAAUGCCGUCAGACAUGACUUCCAACCACAAAUAGUGAAGGAAUAAAUGAAAAGAGAAAUCUAAAAAUCCAUUUAAGAUAUUCUCGAUUUAGGACCAAAAUUGUUCCAUGGUCAUUACAUUGUGGCCAACCAUAGCAAAACCUUUACCCGUUUUUAAUUUUUUUUCCAGAGGACAUUAAGAAACUGAAAAAGCGCCCAUUUCUGACUUGACAAAAAUAUAUUUUCUCAAAGUAUAAGACAAGCCUGACAUCGGAUGCACAUAAAAUAGUUUUAUGUCCGUGGUCCGUUAUUUUCAUAUCUGGGACUUAUAAUUACAAUCACAACAUGUUAGGGUGGUGCUCACUCUAACUUAUUUUGCAAGAACCACACUGGAGACAAGUUAGUCGUUUUAGACACCUGCAGGCGGAGAGUUCACUCGUCGCUGUGCUUACAGCGAUGGUCGAAUGAAGUCUGACUCAGGCCUCGUCAGGUGCUUAUUUAUUGAGAGAAACAGAGUGGGGUUGAAAGUGGGGGUGUGGGAACACACAGGAUAGGGUGAAGACGCUCCCCUGCUGAUCAAAGCAUAGCAGGGGGCCUUUUACGACUUUCUGUAAACAAAGCAACUUUGAUUGCUUCCUCUGCGUCUAGUCAAUCAGUUGAAAAGAUCUUAUCACUUUGGUCAACUACUUUUGUCUAGACAGGACAAGCUAGUUAAAUUAUUACAGGUUACAUUCCAACAUAAUCAUACGAUGAAGAUAUUCUGCAAACCCUAACACAACAUAUGUUCUCUUAAAAAUCACAAGCAUCACAAGUGUAGGAUUAAAUGUUUAAUUUAAACAACAUAAUUGUGCGUGAAAAGUGUAGUGCAAUGACAUUCGCAAGAAAA